UUUAUGACCACUUCUAUGGUUUCUAGAUAAAAGCUCAACAAUGUCUGCAGAAAAGGCUACAACCACAGGUUCAUCUGUGUCUUCACCAGAACCUCUAUAUUCUACCCAGAAUCUCACAUCUGCACCUUCUGGUAAUAUCGGGAAUUCCACAUUACCCGAAAGGAGUCAUACUUACACUUGUGGAGAAAUACUUACGACAAGAUAUGGAAGAUUUACUAGCCCCCUAUAUCCCAGCUCUUAUCCUCGUGACAGUCAAUGUAAAUGGGAAAUUCGGUCAGCUCCAAAAACUGUCAUAAAACUCAAAUUUGUUCGCAUAGACUUAGAAAGUAAUGAAAACUGUAAAUUUGAUUCUGUGACCAUAUAUGAUGGGCCUCUGGGGAGUUCUAAACUUGGGACAUUUUGCCAGUCAAGAAAUGACACAAUCCAUUCUUCAUCAAAUGUAAUGACUGUUGUGUUUAUAAGCGAUGGAUCCAUACAAAAUACUGGUUUUGAAGCUUACUACAGUGUAUCAGCUGCACCAAAUUUAAUGUCAGAGAAAUGUGGAGACACUUUGACACGUUUUCAAGAUACCUUUGGAUCCCCCAUUCUUUCAAAUGCUGAACAAUGUCUCUGGCACAUCAUUGUUAACAACAAUUACAAGAUUCAUCUUAAAUUUUACCAUUUCCACAUGAUAGACUCCGAGUCUUGCCGCACCUUUUCUUUGUCAGUCUAUGAUGGGACACCCCAAGGGGCACUACUUGGAAAUCUUUGUGAAACUACCACCCGGCAAUUCAACUCCUCAUCGAACAGCCUUAGUAUUGUGUACACCAAGCUCCAUAACAACACUGACUCUUUAGGCAUUGUAUUCUCUGGUUACUAUACCACUGUGUUCCAAAACAACACAAACGUUACUCUGUCGUGCCAUUCAGACUACAUGAAAGCUCAACUCUCUUUACCAUAUCUGGAGUCCUUGGGUUACUCUUUCAAUGAUGUUCACCUGAAUGAUCCCAUUUGCCAUCCCCAGAUUGUAGCUGACUGGUUGGAAUUUCACAUUCCUUAUAGGAAAUGCCUAACACUUAAAGAGGUUCUCAAUGACACCAUCAACUAUGAAAACACUCUAUUUACUUCCUCUGUUGAACCUGUGGUAAUGUACAGAAAGAAAUUAAGUCUCACUUUGAGAUGUCGGAUGCACCAAAAUAUUAUAGUAGAUUCCUUGUAUUCUGCCAAUGACACAAUGGUUCUUACCUUAACGCAAUAUGGUCUGUAUUCAGCGAAUUUAACUUUCUUCAAUGAUCCAAGUUUCAUAUACCCAGUAUACAACUAUCCAUACUUAGUUGAACUCAAUCAAAAUAUGUUCCUACAAGCCACCCUGGGCACCACAGAUCCGAACCUGGUCUUGUUUGUAGACACUUGUGUGGCUUCUCCUGAUCCUUUCCAUGUGCGGGAAACACAAAAGGUUUAUAAUCUCAUACAAAAUGGGUGCCCAAAAGUUUCAGAUUAUCAACAAUAUCCUUCACCUUCACCGAGCUCAGUGAGAUUUGGAUUCAGUGCAUUCAGCUUCAUGAGAAUUUACUCCAGUGUGUACAUUCAGUGCAAGCUUGUUGUGUGCAGACAGUCUGAUAGAGGGUCUCGCUGUAACCAGGGCUGUAAGCCGAGGACCAAGAGAGCAGUGGAGUCCCAUCCCAACCAUGUUCAUGCUGUUGCUGGACCUGUUAAGCUUCGGAAUUAAUGUUCAUUGGCAACUUAAUGUGAAAUGUGAUAUAUAUUGUUUUCAGUUCUCUAACAAGGAAACAACUACUACAGAUUAACAUUGU